AUGCUAACUAAAUUCGAAUCCAAAAGCAACCGCGUAAAAGGCUUGGCAUUUCACGUGAGCCGGCCCUGGAUCCUUACUUCGCUCCACAAUGGCGUGAUUCAGCUCUGGGAUUACCGUAUGGGUACACUGCUAGAUCGCUUUGAUGAGCACGAUGGACCAGUGCGUGGUGUAGACUUCCACCGCACUCAGCCGCUGUUUGUAUCAGGUGGUGACGAUUACAAGCUGAAAGUGUGGGACUACAAGUUGCGUCGAUGCCUAUUCACGCUUCUAGGUCACUUGGACUACAUUCGUAUAGCGCAAUUCCACCACGAAUAUCCAUGGAUCCUUAGCUGUAGUGACGACCAGACGAUACGAAUUUGGAACUGGCAGUCGCGUUCGUGUAUCUCAAUCCUUACAGGCCACAAUCACUAUGUUAUGUGCGCGCAAUUUCAUCCCAAAGACGAUCUAAUCGUCUCGGCUUCGUUGGAUCAGACCGUGCGAGUUUGGGACACCACAGGCCUGCGUAAGAAAACUGUGCGUGGGGCUCCCACAGCUAUGGACGAUAUAGUUGGUCACUCGACGUCCCGAUCUAAUAAUCAUGAUAUAUUUGGCGCCAGUGAUGCAAUCGUCAAAUAUGUGCUCGAGGGCCACGAUCGUGGUGUGAACUGGGCCAGUUUUCAUCCGACACUUCCUCUUAUUGUUUCGGGUGCUGAUGACCGUCAGGUUAAGCUCUGGCGUAUUAAUGAGACGAAAGCUUGGGAGGUCGAUACGAUGCGUGGACACACGAACAACAUUUCGUGCGUGCUGUUCCAUCCGCGUCACGAGCUCAUUAUCUCAAAUAGCGAGGACCGCUCCAUUCGUGUCUGGGAUAUUUCGAAGCGCAUGGGUUUGCAGACAUUUCGCCGUGAGAACGAUCGGUUCUGGAUGCUCUCGGCUCACCCGACACAAAAUUUAUUGGCUGCUGGCCAUGACUCUGGCAUGAUUGUUUUCAAGCUGGAACGUGAACGUCCGGCUCUAGACAUUUACGAGAACCGCGCAUACUAUACGAAAGAGCGCUACAUACGCAUGUAUUCAUUUGUUGAUGGCAGCGACGUGCCAGUUGCUGCUGUUCGUCGCACGGGUACAACCGGGACGGGCUUGAAUAAUUUACCGCGUCACCUGAAUUACAAUCCAUACGACCAAAACUCAAGCACUCAAAGUGUAUUGGUGACGAGUGACACCGAUGGUGGCUCAUACGAGCUUGUGACAUUUACUCAUGGCUCAGGUGGCGACACGUCUGAAUCGAGCCGUGGCCCAGGCUUAUUUGCUGUGUUUGUUGCUCGUAACCGGUUUGCUGUCUUGGAUAAAUCGCGUCAUAUUGUGAUCAAAAACUUUCAGAACGAGGUGACUAAGAAGAUCACCCCGCCUAAUGGCACAGUGGAUGGUCUAUUCUUUGGUGGUGUCGUAGGCCGCGUGCUACUUCACAUUGACGACAAGAUGAUACUUUAUGAGACGCAGAGUCGUCGCGUACUGGCUGAUGUACAGGCUCCGCGCGUGAAGCACGUUGUUUGGAGCCCUAAUUACGACUACGUGGCUUUGAUCAGCAAGCACUCGAUUGUGUUAGCAGACAAACAGCUUGCUCACUUGAGCACCAUCACGGAGUCGGUACGAAUAAAAAGCGGAAUUUGGUCCAAUUCUCCCGCAGAAAUCUUUGUUUACACGACGUUGAAUCACAUUAAAUACACUUUGUCGAAUGGUGACGCGGGUAUCAUUCGCACGUUGGAUGUGCCGGUGUACCUGACUCAUUUAAAUGGCUCAAAGCUCUACUGUCUUGACCGUGAAGCCAAAAUGCGCACGAUGGCAGUGGAUCUCACAGAGUGUGAAUUCAAAAUUGCUUUGAACAAGAAAAACUACACUGAAGUGAUGCGAAUGGUUCGUCACUCAAGACUAUGUGGCCAAGCAAUUAUUUCCUAUCUAACAAAAAAAGGCUACCCCGAAGUUGCGCUGCACUUCGUUAAUGACGAGAAGACUCGCUUUAAGCUUGCAAUCUCAUGUGGUAAUCUGGAGGUAGCGCUGAACUCAGCCUACGAGCUGGAUGACAAUAAAUGCUGGUACCAAUUGGGUGUAGAGGCGCUUCGACAGGGUAAUAUUCAGGUUGUGGAGAUGGCAUACCAGCGCACAAAGAAUUUUGAGCGCUUGAGUUUUCUUUACCUCGUCACUGGUAAUCGUGAUAGACUAAAAAAGAUGCUCAAGAUUGCUGAGGUGCGCAAUGAUAUAAUGGGACGCUUCCACAAUGCCUUGUACCUUGGCGACGUCGAAGUUCGGGUGGUGACCCUUGAAGCAGCUGGUCAGUUUGGUCUUGCACUUUUAACUGCUGCUACGCAUGGUCUUAAUGACCAUGUAGAACGGCUGCGUGCACUUUUACAGGAAACAAACCCUGAUUUUGAUGUGAAUGCCUUUCUUGCGCGAGAAAUGCUAUCCAAUCCGACCCUACUAUCCCCGCCACCGUGUGUAAGUCGGCUUGAUAGUGAAAAUUGGGCGCUUGUGGAAAUUAAUGAGCCUACGAUUCAAGACCACGCAAUCGCCGCAGAGAAACGAGAAGCCGAGCGCAGUCUGCAGCCGCAACAGGAGACGGGUCACGGGUUGGUUGAGGAGCAAUCGGCGCGUCAGUCAUCAAUUGAUUUGGCAAUGGAUGCCGCCGGAGAUGCCUGGGAUAUGGAAAUGGAUGGUGACCUUGACCUGGAUGACUCGAUUACGAUUGAUGAUCAUUCUCUUGGCACGGACGCGUCUGCUCUGGAAGACGACUUUGCCAAUCUUAGCACGGGAGCUGGCUUCGUGGCAGCUCCUUCGGCUGGCUCGAGUCUUGCAGUGCAAUGGGUGCGCAAUUCAUCUUUGGCUGCUGAUCAUGUGGCUGCUGGUUCAUUUCAGACUGCCAUGCAACUACUGCACCGCCAGAUCGGUGUCAUUAAUUUCAAGCCUCUGAAGCCUGUGUUCCUUCAAGUUUUUUCGGGUGGUUCAGCGAUGCUAUCCACACAAGGCAGUUGCACGUCACUGCGCACGUGGCUGCAGCGCAAUGAUGCUAAUCAGCCAGCAGUGGCCGUGUCGUUUGCAGCUCUCGUCGAGGAACUUAAGCUCGCAUACCGUUCAUUCACAGGUGCCAAGUUUGAAGACGUGAAGGCGCAUUGUCAGUCAAUAAUAUUUUCAAUUCCAUUGUUGGCUGUGGAUUCGAAGGAGGAAGCAGAGAAGGUAAAAGGUUUACUGACAGUCUGCCGUGAGUAUCUGAUUGCUUGCCGCAUUCGCUCCGAUGUGGCCACCGUGCCUCUAGAAAGCCACCCGAAGCGCAACAUUGAACUCAGUGCUUACUUUACACACUGUGAGCUGCAAAUGCCGCAUUUGGUACUGACACUAAAGAUUGCCAUGACGAACGCAUUCAAAGCUGGCAACUUCAUCACUGCGGCAUCGUUCUGUCGACGGUUGCUAGAAAUUCCAGAGGUAUCACAACACCCGCGUCAUGAGAAGCUGCGCUUGACUGCGCUGAAGGUGCUGCAGAAAGCUGAAAAGGAGGCGCGCAAUGAGCAUGCCAUUGAUUAUCAAGACUCGAAGCCGUUUGUGCUGGACGCGCGCAACUUUACGCCGAUUUACUUGGGCGAGCCUGAUGUGCGCUGUCCCUAUUGUGCCGCCGCGUAUCAUCAGCAAAGUAAGGGCUCACUUUGCGAUGUGUGUGGCAUUUCAAAUAUUGGCGAGGAAACUAUCGGUCUAGUCGUCACUACAGCUCAGCACUUCGCGCAGUUGGACGAAGAGCAGCAAGAUAGCGAUCGGACUAUCUCGACACCGUCGCGGCACCUGCAACCUUGUGCUCGACCCUCAACCUUUACAGAAACUGACCGCUGCAGCGCAAGACAAUUGCGUCGUCGAUUCCCGACCUCUGCAUUCUUUUCGGACUCAACAGAUGAUGACAUGUCGCGUCCGCUCGCAACGACCUCAGACCGUUCUCAGCUCUCCACGAGUGCAUACGAUUUCUCUGCGAAAAGAACAACUAGUCAAACUCAAGCACCGCUUAACAUGAGUGCGGGACCAAGAAGCGGACUCAGACUCCAUGUUGAAACCAUCGAAUUUCCAACGACGCGCUCUGUACUCUGGGAUCGUCGACCUUUGUCAGCGGUGCCAAUUGAAGUAUCACUUGAGCAAAUUUUACCGCGUUUCAUUGUGUCGGCGAAUGCAUUAAAGGAAUUGUAUAAGCUGUUUGGUGAGAAUCUCUGCAAGCACGACAGUCGUGAGGCGCUCUGUUAUCUGUAUAGUGAUUUGUCGUCUGUUAAUGGAAGAAAAAUUCGUUUACAGCACGUCAAAACAAAGGCAAUGGACUCAAAAGCUGCUGGUAUGUGGUGUUUACCGGUGUAUAGUGGGAGCACAUCAGAACUUUUACUGAAGAACUACGUUUGUACUAUCAAAGCGGUACAAAAUACCUAUAAAGACGAGUAUGCUGACAGUCUUUCCUCGAAACUCCAGCCAAAGCUUUUCCUGUUUCGCUCAUCACCGCAUGCUGCACAAUUGGACAUCCAGCUCGAAUGUGUGGCGCCUCCACUGUUGUUUAAGUUUACACUUGUACGAAAUUUGCCGUUGCUUAUGACGCCACUGGCUGCAAGUUUAGCAAAGCGAGAGUUUAAUCCUAACUCGGGGAAUAUGCGGUCUGGUUAUCUUACCCUUGACCGAACACGAAAAGCGGUGCCACUUUUGAAAGUCGAUCCCUUUGUUUUACAGCAUCCAGUUGUCGGUAUUUGGCUUUACGGAGUCCAUAUUGAUGAUGCUUGGAAUGAAGAGACAGCGCGACGACAAUUAGCUGAUCCGUUCUUGUAUUUUGCAUGCAUUGGCUACUUAAUGUCCGAGGUAAUUAAAGAACGUGUGGGACCCAACAAAAAUACUUUCUUGGUGGCGCUGUAUCCUUCCGGCGAUUCUGAUUGUGGUGCUGUAAUUAGCUCGUUGCCUCGCUUCUUCGAGUGCAGUUUCUCGAAAUUUCUAUCACCUCCAGCUAUGCCACUUCCAAUAGAGCUUUACUCGCAUCGACGGUCGUGCUUAAUAGGCGUCUCAAAAUUCUCAAAUGAUGUGGAAUUUAGUUUGUCAACUGCUACUUCAAAAGAGUGGGAGAAAGCGAGGAAACGAGUAGGAAUUCCUAUGGCUUUGUGCUCGAAAAAAAACGAUGAUUUAGAUCAUAAUCAAAUUCAUUUUGACGAUCAGAUAUUUAAUUCAAAGUCUUUACCCACAUCCCACGAGAUCACGUCAGUCGGUGCCACUGAAGAAGAAAGGAAUGACGCAACGAGUGGAUGGACAAUAACAGCUGAUGCUUUAAAGAAUGAUAUGAUUCGAGAUUCGAAUGCAUCGCGUCAAGGCUUGAUAUUUAACGAAGCGGCAACUGAGCCAGCAUUAAAUGGUACAAAUACAGGGGGAACACUGUUGACAGCAACCGUCAGUGAUGACAAUCAGCGCGGUAAGGCAUGUGAAAUUAUGCCUUUGCUAUUGUCCGAAUCGAAGGAAGGUGAAGAUGCUACCGCAGCAACUCAAUGUAACUUUGCAAGUCAUGAUACCGAUAAUUUUCAAAGGUGUUGUAAAUCUCAGCAGCUGCUGACUAUCCAGCAUCAGCAAAUACUUGAGAACCAACAGAGACAGCUGCAUGAAAUGCAAGAACAGAUUACUCAGCUACGUCACCUCCUACAUGCCACAAGUAGCGACAGUAACCAUGGAAACCUUGAGAGGAAUCCUAUCGACACCAGAGCUCAUAACUCAGACACAAGUAUUGCAAGCUCUGGGGCAGCGGCUAAUGCCUCGAUUACCUCUAGCGAUUUAAACAAGCGUAUUAAUGGCAAUGUGAACUCUCUGCUGUCAAAAACAGUAACAUCUCCACGUCCUCAAAACGACUCCAUUUCCGACUUAACUGACGAUGAACAUGAUAAGGAGGAUGACAAAAAAGAAGAAAAUAAGUUGGAUGAUUCUUUGAGCUCGCUGGGCCUGUCUAUAAUAAGUAGCAGCUCAGACGCUAACUUGUCGUCGCUUUCGUCAUCGCUUGUAAGCAAUAAAGCAAAGCGACUGAGCUCAUGUCAAAAUCGUGGAAAUGAGGGUGUCGAUGUCAGAGAAAUUGAUUUUGACACAAAUUUGCAUAGCUCAGCGAACAGGCUGAAGAAUACGCAACAUUCUGCAGUAAACGAAGAAUGUACUAGCCCUGAAGCCAAACCUUGUCGCGACAGACCACACGAGACAGGGUCCAGUGCACACAAACUAUCAAUCGGUGAACUUAACAUUUUAUUGAAUGAGGAAGUCGCCACUAAAGCUAAGAACGAAGAUAUAAAAUGUGCUACCCUUGAAUCUGACAAUGUUUCGGAAGCUGCUGGUGAUACUAGUGAUGAUAGUCUUUCACGCGUUGAACAACUAUUAUCGCCCGAUGCUUAUCUACGCAAGAUUGGGGGCUUAGUCGACCACCACGGUGGCUGCUUCACGACGCCACCUCUCGAUUUUCAUAGUUUCUGCGUACCUCGCAUCAGGUUUUCGACCGAAACUUCAGGAUACUGCUUGUCAGAUUCUGAGGACGAGGAGAUUCGAAUUAUCGAACAAAAGUACAAGCGAUUAAUGUCUAGCUAA